AACAGUUACGCCUUCGCGCAAAUUCCCGGAACCACAACCUACGGUCGCGCCAAAGUUCAUCGCUCGAAACGCCAGCACUGGUUAGUAUAGUGGCAACGCAAUCGUCGAGUAGUAGCAGAUCGCGCCAAGAGUCAAACGGCAAAUCUCGUGGCAGACAUGGAUUUUUCGUUCGAAAACAUCAACCAUCCGCUGUUCGCGGGACUGCAGCUCGAUUUGUUUGGGAUCUCGAGGCUGAACGCCGCUGCGUACGAGCCGCCAGCGACAGUGGCAGCUCCAGCCGAGCAAGAGACGCCGGCGGCAACGGGCAAGCAGAAGAAAUCGAGGCGGCGUCGCUCGUCGGACGGCAAGCCGUAUCCGACGAUCAAGUGUUCGGAAUGCCCCAAGCAGUAUCGCGACAACAACGCGGGCCAGCGUCACCUUCAGCUUCACAUGACCACCCACGAUCCCGACGCCCUGUCCAAGUUCACCUGCUCUAAGUGCGCCAAGACCUUCCCCAACGAGGUCUACCUCAAGCGCCACUCCAACCUGUGCGGCGUGCCGCGAAAGAGACGCUCCAGCGUUGGCAGCUCGACCUGCGACGAGUCCUCCAGCGACACCGUCAUCGUCGCGCCCGCGACCGCCGACGCGCAGAGCAGCAACGGGAUCGCGACCAUCGAUGAGGAGGACGCUGCCGAAGAGGUGCAGAUCGACUUCCAAGCGUUCUAGGCCGUACAUCUUGUUUGCGUUUAGCUUCUCGUGACUCGCGGCCACACCGUCCGUCUUCUGUUUUCGCCUCGGGAAGCGCGCGAUUUUCAGAGUUUAUCCGCGGUUCUUACAGCGCGAGCGUGGUGCCUCGCUCGUUGCCGAGUCCUCGUCAGGCCGGCGCUAAACAAGCGCAUAAGUGGGAAUCGACGGGCACGACUGCAAGGCCACUUCCAACGCGAAACUGCAGCGACAAAUAACGCGAAACGCACCUCGAUCACCGUCGAACGGAGCUCGAUCUCCAAAAUGACGCUGCAAAAAUUUUGUUUGCCAGAGAUUUCCAUCUAGCUUACAAUUUUCAAGUGCUGCUGACGCGAGAUGUUAUUAUUAAACAUUUAUUUCAAUUGUAAAGUCUAUCGUGUGCUGUCAAAUAAUGCUUAAUUCGAUGUUAUCGACAAUACUUUACGCGCCGUUAUGACAUAUAUACACGAAAUUUAUAUGAAUGUUUACGAUUACCUUUUUACUGGAAGUCUUGCAGAUAGAAAAUCGCAUCGGUUUGGAGGUCGCGACGAUUGCUAAGGUGGCGGUGCGUUCCACAUUACUUAGCCACAGUUCCCGAGCGUUGGACUUUCGCGACGUAUAUAUUCGCACUAGUGAAAAUAGUCGCCUGUCGAUUCCCACGAAUCGUACGCGCUCGCGCAGCGCUGCCCUUGGUAGUUGCGCCAGUCGUCAUCCGAUUUAUAGUCAAAUUCAAUGGUUUGCUGCGCGCUAACAAUUCAGAUUUCCCGUUCCUCAUCGGCGACUGGUCAUCGGCAGUCGUUGCGCUAGCUCUGUGUCUUCCGCACGCAUGUCGUUUAUUUAUUCUAGAUUAAUAGCGAACGAACAAUUCAUCUUAAAAUGUCCGAUUUACUUGUCUUUACUUUUCUGCUACUUUUAUAAGUGUAGUGAACAGUUUUUAGAGAUAAAUUCAUGCUCGUGGAAACUGUAAUAACGGUGGAGUUUGAAAAUGACAACUUAAAUAGCAGAAUGGAUUAGCGCUUCGUAAAACUUGAAUUACAAUAAAUUAUACUAAUAGAAAUAAACGUGCAUUAUUUACGAACG